AUAACCGGGCGUCGUCGGUCGGUCAAUCAGCCAGUCGGUAGGGCUUCCAGUAUCGCUUCCAGUCAGUACUGGAUUAGAAUCUAUCGCGAGAACAUCGAAUCGGUUCAGUUGCUCGGUCGGAAAUGAGAACUCUGUCGGUAGUUCCAGUGUUGGUUGUACUAGUAGUUGCUAUAAUUUUCGGCAAGGUCAAUGCGGAUAAUGUACUGGCUGAUGAUGAGGAGAUCGUUAACGCGACGCGCACGAUAAUCGACAGUAUUUCUACCGCGAACGUUGCCAUGGAGCCGCUGAAAAAUGAGCCACCUUCGACGGAUUACAUGAAGCUCGGAACGCAAGGAUUGCUAGAGUACGUAUCGAAUUUAACUGCCAAAUUUACACCGGUUUUCAAAGACUUUGAGCAGAAUGACCUUGAGGUGGUCCAGCAGAGUCUAAUCGAAGCUAUUCGCUAUCUAAACGGAUACGAUGUUGUGAAUAGUAUUUCUCUGCUGCAGAAUGUGGAUUACAAUCUGUUCAAUCACAACCAGUUCCGGUCGAUCAACAAUGAUCUGAGAAUAGCUUCGAUAGCCCUAUCCGAGGCACUUUUCAAUCAACGUGACACGAUUCCUUCCCUCGAUGAUCUACUGGCAACUACCGAUAAGUUAGUGGAAAAUGUUGUCCGGCUUUCCGACACCAUCCAGAAAGGUGAAGCAUGGACGUUGGAAACAACAUCUCGGGCAAUGGCCGCCCAGCGUGGCUUCAACGAAUCAAUCGAUAACUAUCUCAACGCAUCGGCAACCCGAAUUGAGGACACAACCGAAGCCCUAUCUAAUCUACGAACUUACGAAGAGGAACUCUACCAGAAAAUGAAAGACAAGAUCCCACUGUUCCCGAAAUCAACCGUCAACUACUUCAUCGCACUGAAAAAAUCCCUGGAAAAUUUAAUCCAGAAAGUGCUAAUUAAUUUUGAAAACAUGCGUCUGUACAAGCACCGCGACAUCGAACAGUGGAAGAUCCGUUCGUCCAUUUCCGCUCCGAUCGCCUACAUGACACAGAUAGCGGUGCAAGUCUCGGCCGAUCCGAUGCUCGCCAACGACUGCACUGAAGCGUACAUCGAGAAACUCCUGGCCUUUCCCAACUUUACGAUGACUCACGUGAACGGUUGUCUGCGGGAACAGAUGAGCAACGAGGAGAACACAUUCGAUACCAUCUCGAACGUCAUCGACAAUUACGUGGUGAGUGCGAUCAAUGCGUCGUACACGGCGUUCGACAUCUGCUUCCAGUAUGCGCCGAAGAAGCUCAGCUACUGUUUGGAUUUGAACGGGUACGAAAAUACGUGGGCCAACGCUAGAAUACUGACGGCUUCACGACAAAUCGAAUCGUUCAUCGACAGCGAAAUUCAGAACAACUUUAACACGUGCAUCGCCCAAAUCGGAUAUUUCCUAAACUAUCAUAACCUGCAGGAGAUGUGCUUCUAUAACAAGAAACGGAAUCGGCCACGUGGACGUUGGUGAUUGUUGACUCAUUUUAUUUAUUUGUUAUUUCGUUCAAUAAAAUGUUAAACAAUUUUAA